AUGUCAGGCCUUCAAUACGGUCUCAAUAUCAAGAAGAAGCCGUCUCAAGCUCCUCCCCCGAAGGCGAAAGCGAAAGCUCUCUUCGGUGGUGACGAGUCCGAUGAUGAAGACAACGCAAAGAAGGAUGACAACGUCGAGGAGAUUGGCGGCGUCGUCGACCUUGACAAGCCGUCAAAGCCUUCGAAACCUCCAUUGAAAGCCGCCAGCUCGAAACCUAACAAAUCUAACAAGAUCCAGAUCAGCCCCUAUGGUGAUCUUUCUGCCAUGAAGGCUCAGCGCAAGCACCAGGAAGAAGCACAAGCAUUAGAUCCGAGCAUCUACGACUACGACGCAGCAUACGAUGCUCUUCAUGCCAAAGAUGCCGCCAAAAAGGCGGCAGCUCGCGACGAAGCCGCAGCUAGAAAGCCCAAGUACAUUGAAGGUCUACUGGCAUCUGCCGAGGUUCGGAAACGGGAUCAACUCCGUGCCAAGGAGAAGAUGCUCCAAAGGGAGCGGGAGGCCGAAGGUGACACAUUCGCCGACAAGGAGAAGUUCGUUACCGAAGCAUACAAGAAGCAGCAAGAGGAAGUUUCAAGGUUGGAGGAAGAAGAGGCACGGAGGGAGGAGGAAGAGCGUAAGAAGCGAGGACCAGGCAUGUCCGGCUUUUACAAGAGUAUGAUGAACGAGGAAGAGAAGAGGCAUCAAGAGGCUAUGGCUGCUGCUUCCGAUCCCAAGCCUGGAGCUACUGUUGAGGCCGCAGAAGAGGUUGCCGAGGAGCCUAAGGAGAAGACUGACGCGGAACUUGCUCGUGAAAUGAAGGAGAAAGGUGUCGAUGUUAUUAUCAACGACGAGGGUCAAGUGGCGGACAAACGUCAGCUGCUAUCUGCCGGACUUAAUGUCGCACCAAAGCCCAAGGCCACCGCCGCGGCGCCUGCCACCGCCUCCUCCACUUCAACACAACAAUUUACCUUCCAAGGCCGCAACACCAACAAGCAGGCUAUGAGGGAACGGCAAACUCGCAUGAUGGAGGCUCAACUUGAGCAAGCGGCCAAGCGUGCGGCUGAUCAGGAGGCGGAGGAGAGAGCUAAAUUGGAGCACGCCUCUAAGAGUCGCAAGACUACUGGCGAUAUCAGCAGCGCCAAGGAAAGAUACCUGCAGCGCAAAAGAGAAACUGCUGCCGCCGCUGCUUCCGGGAAGGAGUAA